AUGGUUACUGGAAUCUUUCUAUCGGAUGAAGAAAUCGCAGAGCUCGCUCACGCCUUGGACAAGAAGAACACUGGAUACAUCUCAUACGAUGAGCUUGAGCUCAAGCUCGAUGAAGUCUACGCAGAACUCCUCCCGGAAUCAAAGGGGUCUCAAAGUCGUGAAGAUGAACAGAGGCAUACGUUUCUACGCAGUGUCAUGGGUACCGAGCAGACCAGAAUCUCGAGAACCGAUUUCGCGAAUACCGUGAGAGGUUGGAAUGUCCCAUCUCUGAAUCCGGAAGCACAAGCGCAAGAACAUCAUGAGCAUUAUAUGAGGGCUAUGUCUAGGGGGAGGAGACUUCGAGCGUAUUGGUCGGUACAGGGAAGAGAGAUAUUGUUUAUUGCUGUGGUGGUAUCGAUGCAAGUUGCAUUUGGGACCUGGCAGCUCGUCGAGUAUCUAGUGACGCCGAGAUACAGGCAUGCAUUCGGAUGGGGGCUCAUCGUUGCCAAGACAUGUGCUGGAGUCUUAUAUCCUACACUAUUCUUCCUCAUCCUUUCCAUGUCACGAUAUCUAGCUGCCAUGUUAAGGAAACACACUUCCUUGGCAAAUAUCGUCAACUGGGAUAAGUCGCAAAGCUUUCACAUCACGAUGUCAAUUGUUGCCAUCGGAUUUGGUACACUUCAUGGCAUCAGCCACCUGUUAGGGACAUUUCUCUACGGAAGUCUUCCAUCUCAAAGAUCAGCCGUGGCAGAGGUUCUUAAACACCACAAACCGCGAUCUUAUCUGGGGUACAUAGCCUCUGUUCCAGGCUGGACAGGUAUUGUGAUUUUAGGUCUGUUCUGGACCCUCGCUCUCCUUAGCAUGCCAGCAGUCCGGAAACGAAGCUACGAGCUCUUCCAAUUAGGGCACCUGCUUAUGUUCCCGAUCAUCGGACUUCUCAUGGCACACGGGACGGAUGCAUUAUUCCACUAUCCCAUGUUAGGCUUUUGGCUCGCGUUUCCCACAUUCCUUGUUGUAUUCGAACGAUUCGUCCGAAUUUGCUACGGCUUCUCUUACAUACCCGCGAAGCUCGCAAUCCUUGACACAGACACCGUCGCUGUUACUCUGACCGUUCCUAAAAAUAGGUAUUGGGAGUAUUACGCCGGGCAAUACAUCCUUCUCAAAGUCCCUCAAUUGUCACACUUUCAAUGGCACCCUUUUACAAUAUCAACAUGUAUUGGGAAAGAAAUGCAAGUCCACAUCAAGAUGGACGGGGAUUGGACGUCGAGGCUCCGCCUCAUGGCUAAACAUGGUUCUGUUGAAAAAAUCAAAGUCGCCAUCGACGGUCCAUUCGGAGCGCCUGCUCAACGAUUCUAUGAGUUCGAUCAGAGUAUUAUACUUGGGAGCGGCAUAGGAGUUACACCAUACAGCGGGAUCCUUGCAGAUCUCCAAGCAAGAGUAGAUAUACAAGGCGCAGAGAAUUCUCCUGGUCCGUCUAUAGAUGAGAAGACUCUCGGGCCACGGAAGGCGCCUAGAUAUCGAAGAGUGGACUUUCACUGGAUAGUAAAGGAUCGGAAUCAAUUACGUUGGUUUUCGGAUCUGUUAAAUAAAGUUACGAAGUCUGCGGAAUGUUCCAACGGGGAGAUGCCUCUACUCGAUAUAAGAGUGUCAACACACGUCACCCAGAAUCGCAAAGACGUCUCGACGCAUGUUUACAGAUACCUCCUCGAACUACAUCGGACGGAAGAGAACCCAGAGUCAGUGCUCACUGGAUUACUCAACGUCAGUCAGUUUGGACGUCCCAAUCUGGGCAAGAUCCUGGAUGAGCAUUAUGAGAGCAUGUUGCAGUAUUACAAAGACAUGGAGGAUAAAGGGGUUGGGGUGAAGAGAUCGAAGAGGAAAGUGGGAGUGUUCUUCUGUGGGGGUAAAAAUAUUGGGUAUGAGUUGGCUGAUCGGUGCCAAGUACUUACUUUGAGGGGGAGGGAGGAUAAGAGCUUUGUUGAGUAUCAUUUCAUGCUUGAGGUGUUUGGUUAG